ACAAGUUUUCCGGUGCGGAAUUUGCCGGACAAGGACUGAGAGGGAAGCUGAUUUUGCCGGUGACAAGCUACAGUCGUGCCCUUUGGCGGCGGCGUGAUUUCGGCAGCAGCGGAACAGAAGCAGGUGAUAGAUCCCGGAAAAGUUUUCGUUGGGUACAGUAUAAGGACGACUCUCGUUGGACCGGUCAAUUUUUUCCCUUUUGGAAUUAUAGGACGGAGAUUUUGAGACAGGUUACACCCCCGUGGUUGGUAUUCGAUUGUGAAACCAUGUCGUACGUAGCACCGAACAUCGACCCGUACCGCAAAGGGCAAUCUUUCGCGUCAUGGUUCAAGCGACUUGGGUACCACUUCCGUAUCAACAAAGUAUCCGAUGCCGACAAGAAGGACCAGAUGUUUCUUCUUGGCGGUGAUUAUCUUUUCGAGGUUGCACAGAAUUUAUACCUCAGCGAAAAUUUGCUUGAUGAAGCACCGCUUGAAGAAAUAGUUGAAAAACUUAAGCGAAGAUUGGAUAAGUCAGAAUCGGCUUUGAUUCAACGGUUUAAAUUCGGAUCACGAGUGCAGCAGCCUGGCGAAACAGCCAGUGAUUUCUUAUUCUCCCUUAAGCUGCAGGCGGAGUAUUGUAAUUUCAAAGACGAUAAACAAGAUCGCAUUCUAGAUCGAAUACUCAUUGGUUUGUCAGAUGAUAACUUGAGACAGAAAUUAUUAGCGGAAGAUGGGGACAAACUUAAUUUAGCGCAGGUCGAGAAAAUUGUUACGACGUGGGAGUUAGCGGCUUCUCAUGCAAAAGCUUUGACGCAGGACGAUCAUCCAGGGCAAAUUGAUUCUAUUGUUGGAGGCCGAGGAGAACUUUUGCAGCGAAUUAAAGUUUGA